AUGACGGAAGCGUUCAUCGGCUACAGCGAAGACUUUGAGCAGUGCCGCGACGAGGCCGUCACGGCCAUCCGCGCCGUGACAAAAGCGCGCGACUCGAGCGAGCGCCUCGAGCUGUCAGAGCGCGCGCAGGGCCACAUCUCGGAGGCCGAGCGCUACAUGCGCAUCCUCGAGAGCGAGUCGCGCGCCGGGGACUCGCAGGACCGGCGGCGGAUGCACCAGCAGCUGCGCACGUUCAAGUCGCAGCUCGACAAGCUCAAGGCGAACCUCGAGCGCUCGAAGCUCUUGGACGGCAGCGAGCAGCGCCACGAGGCGCGCGCGCCGCAGGACAAUGUCGCGCGCUACCAGCAGCGCACGGACCGCAUUGACGACCACUUGGCCGACGCGCAGGACAUUAUCGCGCGGACGGAAGCCACGGCGCAGAACGUUACGACGAACCUCGCGGACCAGCGCGAGCAGCUCAUUAAUGUCCGCACAAACGUGGAUGCUACGCGGGAAGACACGGCCGAGGCGCGGCUGCACUUGAAGAAGCUCAAGUGCAAGAUGAUGUCGCAGCUGUUGUUUUUGUACCUUAUCAUCUUGGGACUGGUAGCAGUGAUCGUCUGGCAAGUGAUUUCCAAGUUUGCGUAG